CAUCAUCAUCAUCAGUCGUAGGUUCAGUUUGAACGGGAGACGGUCGUGGCCGUUGGAAUCGAUUCGGUGUGAAGUUCGGUCGCGAAAAUUUGGACGUUGUUUGUUAGGACCAGCUAAUCCUACUCGUGGAGGUUUAAGACUGGUAAUUUCGCUAGGAUAAACAGCCAAACAACCCUUAGAGUGAUGCCACCAGCAGCAGCAGUGCACCGAAGUUGUUGAUACAAUCGCCAGCAGAGUCUGCUGAAUGCUAGUCCCAUCAGAAACUUCUCCAAAUGUAAUUAGCUGUGCCUCAGCCACCCAGCCAGUCAGCAGCCAACAUCCAAAUGAAACCACGAAAGCUCAAACGAAUAAAACACAGGCGCAGAAAGCAGUAGUAGAACCAACUAGGAUACGAAAAAACGGAGAUUUCAUUUUGUAUAGAUUUAAACCGGGAAUUUAAAUUUUUCUCGAAACCUAACUGAUAGUAGAAAAAUCCUUCCGUACAGCAAAGUAAAACGUAAGGGAAAAGACUUAAAAAAAAAGAAAAGACAGAAACAAUCAUGCUUCGAUCGGUUGCUUCCGGUGGGCAAGGAUGGCCUCUAUCGUUUGUAGUUUUGCUGCCGAUGCUGUUGACAAUCCUGGGGCGUUCCACUCUGGUGGUUGGUUCCGUUCAAUCCUCCAGCAGUUCCAACCAACGCAAUGCCAACCCCAAUGCGGUGCGGAUUAACAAAUGCUGCGAAAAGUUCGAGAUCAUGUUCGACGGCAAGUGCACGGUGGCCGAGAGCGUUAAUACCACUGUUUGGGAGCCGCAGUUUACCGGACGGAAUGGCGAGAAGAACGUCCAGGUCAGUCCCAUCCGGUACAUUAUAGGCGCACCGGAUUGCGGUUCGAUGCAGAAAUGGCCCAUCUUCCACUACGAAAAGAGCGAGGACAAAUUGAUUCUGUUCCCGGAUGGGAAACUGCGGCAUCUGAUACUGGACCCGCACGGGCGGGGUGAAUCGGAACAGGACUGGGAGCACCUGUUCCAAGCGGACAUUCACGCCGAGGCACCGUUUCAGUACGAGUUCGAACAGGGCCAGUACUGCCUGGACAGGGUGAUCACGACCGGUGCCAACGACAGUAAAACUGAGGGCAUUUUCGCCACCGUCUGCUCCCCGGAAAGGGAAACCCGAUGGACCGAUAGCGAGUUUCUGCUGCGGAAGAUCAUCAAUCCGGUGUGCCACGGAAUCGCAAUGAUUAUCCUGCUGGUGGUGGCCAUCGUUUAUUUCGUGCUGCCAACGUUGAGAGAUCUUGUGGGAAAUAUUGUGACGUCAAUAACCGUAUGCCUCAUCAUAAGCCAGGCGGCAGAUUUGGUGCGGAUUUUCACCGAAUUCGGGAAUCACGUGAGCUUCAUAGUGGCCGACUCUUUCUUCUACAUCAGCUUGUUGGGGGCAUUUUUCUGGCUCAACAGUAUGGGCUACUACAUCUGGAAAACUUUUCGGGCCCGGAACGUUUUCCUGCGGGUUACCGAUGGCCGGAAGUACUGCUGGUACUCGGGAUACGCCUGGGGAGCGACGGCCACAAUGGCCGGCAUAGCCAUCUUUGCCCACUUCUUCCUGGACACCGGAAACGCCAAACGACACAAAAGCAUUUUCGAGGACCAGGACACAAUCGGUUGGUUGGGAAUUGCCGUGUUCUUCACACCGAUUGCCUUCAUCAUCAUCGUGAACAUUUUUUUCUAUGUCACAACACUGAAGUUCAUCAACCGUAUGAAUACUUACGGUCGGAUACACCACAAGCUGCGAUGCAAUUUCGUCAUGUUUACACUGAUCUUCAUAAUCAUGACCACAUCGUGGCUGUUCCUGAUUCUCUCCUGGCUGCACAGCGAUGCCCUGCUGUAUGCCCACAUCGUUGUCAAUGCGCUGCAGGCUCCGGCCCUGCUGUAUGUGUGCGUUCUGCGCCAAAAGCAUGUAACAUUUCUGCUGAAGAAAUCUUGCUGCUACAACGAGCCCCCCGCAACCUCCGACUGGGGCGAUGAGAUGACCUACAUGAACGGUGGCGAUUACUGACGAAAGACGUUCCUCCCGGCGCCGGAUGUGACCGUUGUCGCCAUCAGCGGGUCGACGGUUAUUACGUGAUGUGCAUAGGAUGACCCCAAGUGCUUACCGGAACACAGUGAUCUGAACUGCUGCUGUUGCAUGCAGCCCACGAUAGCGACAAAUAAGUAACUGAGAAGUUAACAUUCCUCAAUGAAUCGAAGAUUAUCGUACAUCAAGUGCUUCUAUAACUUUGUGAAACACAAACGUCCAGUUUUUUUUACUAAAUUAUAACAAAGAAUCGAAACAUGUGUGUGCUAAUUUAUUAACACUAUUCAUAUCGAAUAAGAACACAUAAGAAAGCAUUUUAUUCAACACAGCUGUGUUGGGAUGCUAACGACAAAUUGAUGCUGUGUAGAUCUGAUUAGUAUUAUCCAACAGUGUGAAGGUAACCAGAGCUUAACAAAACAAAUCCACUACUUUUAGUCUAGCGUAAGAAUAAUAAAUGGACAAAGACUCAAUAAAAGUUGAACUACGUUAAUAAGGUAA